CUCAUCUCUCAAACCUCGGUCGUCAUGACCCCCAACGUCGUUGCUUUUCAGGUCCUCCAUUUAUAUAAUAUACACUAAAAUCAAGAAGAAAAAAUCACAUUCCAUUGCCACCAAAACCAUAUUCAUCCGAAGUAAUCCAACCUCAAAAUCACAAACCUCUGUCUCUGUCUCUCUCUGUGUCUCUCUCUCUCUCUCUCUCUCUCUCUCUCUCUAGAGAGAGAAAUGGACGACAUGCCAAAUAUGUCUCCUCCGCCCAAGGGCGACCUGACGAACACAACUUAUGGUACCAUGAUGAUGAGCAGCAGCCUCACAUGGGGCAAAGAUGUCAUCAUCCUCUUCCCCAAGUGGCCUAACAACAACCUCAGCAUGUACGUCUUGGCUCUCUUCUUGAUCUUCCUCCUCGCUGUCGCCGUCGAGGUAUUGUCCGUUUUGCCCAAACACAGACCGGCAGCCAAACCCUACCUAUCCCUCCUCGGUCAGACCGGCGUCCACAGCUUUCGUACCGGUUUGGCUUACCUGGUCAUGCUCUCUGUCAUGUCAUUCAAUAUCGGAAUCCUCAUCGCCGCCGUGGCCGGCCAUGCGCUAGGUUUCUUCAUCGUUAAGGUUCGUGAUCAUGGCCAACACCCCGACUCGCCCGAGCCCAAAGUUUGAUUUAUCUUCUUGUUGUUGAUCGGUGCUUAAGUUUGUGUGGGCGCUUGGGUUUGUUUCUAUCUUCUGUUUUUGUUGGUUUGUUAUAUAGUGCGUGACUAUAUUUAACGGGAAAUAGUUUUGCUCACCAUCUAAUCUAUUAUUAUCAGAUGAGUUUAAAUUUUGACAUUUAUGUGGCGGAUAGAAAUAAAUCUCAGAAUUUAAAUUCAUCAAGCGAUGAUAAAUAAGGUGAUGAACAUCACUAUCACUUAAGGAUGGUGAGCAAAAGUUACCCCCAUAUUUUGUGUGUGGUUGCUUUUUUUUCACCAAAGAUUUUCAUGUGCUUGUUGUGUUGUGUUUUAGCUAGUUUGCUUGUGACUGAAAUGAACUAAUAUUUGUAUGAUUUGCAUUUCUGUUCGAAUGAAGUAAUAUUUGAACUACACCUCAAAAAAGUUAAGGGAGAAUCCUACUUCAUUA